AUGUUGAUUAGAGCGGGUGGUGGUCAUCGCAUAAGAAGGUCAAAGAAGAAUAAAAGAACUUGCAAUGAUGAUAGAGAGACAGCAGAGUCAUUGAAUCCAGGAAGCUCUGUGUUAUUUGCAUGCUCGGGAAUAGCUAUAGAAUGCCAGGGGUGUGUUACAAGGUUUCUGACUUCAGCAAGUUUGGUUGAAGUGCGCUAUGAAGGCAAUGUUGUCACAGGAUUUUUGGGGAAAUAUGAUUUAGAUUAUGGCCUUUCUAUUGUUAAUGUCACAUCCUGCCUUGAUGUUCAAGCUGUACGUCUCACUCAUGUGGUGGACAUGGAAUUUCUUCCAUGUACAAAGGUAGUAGCUUUAGGGCGUGGCAUCUCUGGCAAAUUAGUGGCUACUGGUGGGAUACUGACCCACGAUUCAAGAGAAUCUGAAGAUAGUGAAGAGCUUAUGCUGUCCACUUGUAAAAUCUGUGAGGGUUGGGAAGGUGGCCCACUUUUCAAUACAGAAGGGAACCUUGUUGGCAUGAACCUUUUUUUUGUUAAAGAAAGAAAUGUGUUCCUGCCAACAAGUAUAAUCUUUGAACGGUUGGAGCAUUUUCGAAUAUUUCUGAGUGAAUUUCUCGAACGGUUACAGAACUUGAAGGCGUGCAGUACUGGUGAGACACUGGUACCUGAGAACAGUGGUGCUGAUCUAACAAGAUGCUUGAAGAAGAAUAAAAGAACUGAUGAUCUCACAAGCUUGAAUAUUAAGAGGACUGAUCUCGCAAGAAGCUCGGAGAAGAAAAGAACUUGCAGUGGUGGAGGAAAGACAACCAAGUCAUUGAUUUCUGGAAAUAGUGAUGUUCUUAUUGAUGAUCCAUUUGAGGAUUUAGACUUCUCAGGUUAUCCAAAGCCACCAAUAGAUAUGUCUGAUGGCAUGAUUUUAGUUAAUACUUUUGAAGAUACUUUUGGCGACAAAUAUGGCAGUGGUGUCUGGAGUGAACUCAGCGAAACAGUUUCUUGUAACAUAUCUCAAAACGUUGUUGCACUUGCUUCAUGCUAUGGUGAUUUUACAAUAAUGGAAAAAAGGAUUUUUGCAUGCACGGGUUUUUUUAUUGAAUGGAAUGGAUAUACAAGUAUUGUGACGUCAGCUAGCUUACUGUCAGAUUUUGUUGAUGACAAGAAGAUUCUUGAAGACUUAAGGAUUAAAGUGUUGCUUCCAACCAAACAUAUCAGAGAAGGGACAUUACAACAUUAUAAUUUACAUUACAAUGUUGCUCUAGUCAGUGUCAAGGAUUUCUGUUCUCCACAUCCAAUAGAUAUUGAACAUCGGAGGCAUAAUCGUCCUCGUCAAUUAGUAUCUGUAGGGCAUUGCAUAAAAUCAGGCAUAUUAAUGUCUGCAAGAGGAAUACAUGUGAACAGGUUGGGGAGACUGGAUUGCAAGUUGCUACAGUACUCCACAUGUAAAAUCACCAAGGCUGGGAUUGGAGGGCCUGUCGUUGAUCUUGACGGGCAAUUUAUUGGCAUGAGCUUCUAUGACAUGCAAAGAACUAGACCUCCGCACCUAUCAUGGGAUGUGAUUCUUGAUGUCUUGGCAUAUUUUAAGACAAAGCGGUCUGUUCCUGAAGUAGGCCAUGCUAGUUAUUAUCAAUCUGCUGCCCUGCUUGACUGGACUAUUUUUGGAGACAAGAGUGUUCGUUCAAACAGACAUUACAUCGUGUGCAAAUUGUUGGAUCGCAGUUGGCCUGUGCCCAAGGCAUUUUGGUGCCCUGCUGAGCUUUGCUGGCAUGGUGGGUGA